AUGGCGCAGGCGGGGAGAGCUGGUCCGGGGGCCUGUGGGUGGCGGGGCGCGGGCGCCCCUUGGCGCUGGGCCUCCGCGCUGCUCUGGCUGGCGGCAGCGGCGGCGGCGAGCGGCCCCUCCCAGCGCCAGUGGCCGGUGCCCUACAAACGCUUUUCCUUCCGUCCGGAACCAGAUCCUUACUGUCAAGCUAAAUACACUUUCUGUCCCACUGGCUCCCCUAUCCCAGUGAUGAAGGAUGAUGAUGUCAUUGAAGUCUUUCGAUUACAAGCCCCAGUGUGGGAAUUUAAAUAUGGAGACCUCCUGGGACACUUGAAAAUUAUGCAUGAUGCCAUUGGAUUCAGGAGUACUUUAACUGAAAAGAACUACACAAUGGAAUGGUAUGAACUUUUCCAGCUUGGAAACUGCACAUUUCCCCAUCUCCGACCUGAAAUCAAUGCCCCUUUCUGGUGUAAUCAAGGAGCUGCCUGCUUUUUUGAAGGAAUUGAUGAUAUUCACUGGAAGGAAAACGGGACGUUAGUUCUAGUCGCAACCAUAACAGGAGACAUAUUUAACAAAAUGGCAAAGUGGGUAAAACAGGACAAUGAAACAGGGAUUUAUUAUGAGACAUGGACUGUCCAAGCCAGCCCAGAAAAAGGAGCAGAGACAUGGUUUGAAUCCUACGACUGUUCCAAGUUUGUAUUAAGGACAUAUAAGAAGUUGGCUGAACUUGGAGCAGACUUCAAGAAGAUAGAAACCAACUAUACAAGAAUAUUUCUUUACAGUGGAGAACCUACUUACUUGGGAAAUGAAACAUCUGUUUUUGGGCCAACAGGAAACAAGACUCUUGCUUUAGCCAUAAAAAGAUUUUAUUACCCUUUCAAACCACAUUUGUCAACUAAAGAGUUUCUUUUGAGUCUCCUGCAAAUUUUUGAUGCCAUGAUUAUACACAGACAGUUCUAUUUGUUUUAUAAUUUUGAAUAUUGGUUUUUACCUAUGAAAUUCCCUUUUAUUAAAAUAACAUAUGAAGAAAUCCCUUUACCUAACAGAAACAGAACACUCUCUGGUUUAUAAAACCUUAAUUCUACUGCUUUUUUUUUUUCUACUAGCACAUCAGUUUUUCAGGGAGUGAUUUUACAUGUGUGGAUUUCUUAGGCCUUUUUUCCUUGGGACAGAAAGGUAAAAUACACAUGGGCAGAAUUGCUGCAUAAUAAUAUCUCGGGAAUUUUUUUGGAAAGAAGCUGAAAACUCUUAUUGUGUUGGCCAAAGUGAACCCAUUAGGUGAUCUUGAUUUCAAUCUCCAAGGCUUCGUUAAUAUGGAGAAUUAUAUCAUAUCAUCAGAUAUACAGGAUCUUUGGACUCAGAAUGUGAAAUUGUGGAUAUGGUGUACCAAAACUUU